AUGAGAGGACGUGGUGGAGUAAGAGGACCACGGUACGGCUCCGGCGUGGACAGUGAGUUGAUCUUUUCCUUCCUUUAUUUUUCCUGGUUUAGAUGAGGAAGAUACUAGAGGAGGCUCAUUCCCUUCGCGAUCUCAGUUUGACGAAGCCCCCCGAAACGACCAACAGCGAGACAACAAUUUCGACACACGUGGUGGAAGAGGAUUUCCACAGAACGAGAAUUCCUUCGGUCGAAACGGUUUCUCCGGCGGCCGAGGUGGAGGAAGUUCAGGCGAAGGCGGCUUCGGUAAAGUUACCGGCACAUUUUCCAAUCCUUCUGCUUCUACAGGGAAUAAGAACUCCGAACGAGACACACGUGGUGGCAACGACACUCGAGGCUUUGCCAACGAAGACACCCGGGGGUUCUCCAACGACAGAGAUUCUCGGGGAUUUGGAGACGACUCCAGAGGUCAAGCAAAGACCUUUGGCGAUAAUGCUCCUUCCGGCUUCGACGCGAAUCUAGGCAGAGGUUUUGGAUCGGUGAACCAAUUUGGCAGUAAUGAUCAAGGAAAUGACUUCGGACCUCCAUCAAACCGAGGAGGCGGUGGAUUUGCAGGCCGUGGAGGUCGAGAUGGCGGAAGCUUUGGCAAUGAUAACGGCUUCGCGCCACGAAAUGAAGGUUUUGGCGGAGGUCGAGGAGGCGGCGGAGGAUUCCGAGGUGGUCGAAGUGGCGGAGACGGUGAAGAAACUAGAGGAUUUGGGGGCUUCGGUGGCCGAGGAGGAGGUCGCGGAGGCGGUGGAGGAUUCAACAGUGGAGGAUUUGGAGGAAACAGAGGAUUCGAGGAUGGUGGCGGAAGUGGAGGCCGUGGCGGCGGAGGUUUUGGCCGAGGUGGAGGCCGCGGAGGCGGCUUCGGAAACCGGGAUGGAGACUCUGGAGGAUUCGGCGGAAGAGGUGGUGGCCGUUCCUUCGGUGAUUUUGGAGGUGGCCGGUCUUCCGGUGACGGUGGGUUCCGACGAGGUCGUGGCGGGGGAUCGUUUGGCCCUCCUGGAGGAUCUUUUGGAUCUGGAGCUAACGGCACUCCUUUUGGCGAUGAAAGUUCUUCAUUUGGAAGAAGACGGUUUGGUGGAGAUUAUGGUAAGUUCCAUUCAACGUAUUUAUUGUUUCCAGACAACAGAGAACACCAUCCCAGUUUCGUCCCCGAAGAGCAAACGGAUGAGCAGAUUAUUGAAGCCCGUAUCAAAUUAGACGACAUUCAUCUGGAAGAGGAUGGUGUGGUCACUCGAAAAGGGGGUCCAGAAGUCGACACCAUCAUUGAGUAAGUAACUUCAAUGUUGUUAUUUGAUUGUUUAGGAAUUGGACCGAUGCCGGAUUUGACAAUCAAUUGGUCCGGAACAUUGAAAGGGCUCGCUAUGCCAAACCGAGAAACUUCCAGAAGCAUGCUAUUCCUAUCAUUAUGCAGGGAUAUGAUCUUAAGGGCAAAUCUGAGACUGGUUCCGGAAAGACUGCCGCUUUUUUGUUACCUAUCAUCCAGAAGUUGAUCGAUCAAUUCAAGGCUGAAGCUGAAGACGAGAACAGAGCAUCAAGAGCACAAAGGGUUUCUUGUCUCGUCCUUGUCCCCACUAGAGAAUUGGCACAUCAGAUCUACAAUGAAGCCAGAGCUUUUACCGCUGGCACUUCAGUCAAAGUCGCACCAGCUUAUGGAGAAUACCAGAUAAGGUUGAAUGCCGAAGCCAUCUUACGUGGAUGUGACAUUCUUGUCGCAUGUCUGGGCAGAUUAAGGCACUUUGUCGAGGAGAAAAAAGUGUUGCUGGAUUCGUUGAAGUUUUUUGUUAUCGAUGAAGCCGAUCGCAUGGUCUCUGCGGACAGUCUCGGUGAAAUCAGGGAGCUUUUGGAUCCUUCCAUUACAAAAUUCCCGAAGCCACAGGAUCGACAAUCUCUCUUCUUUUCAGCAACUUUUGAAAGCAUGCACAUGGAAUUCUUGGAUUCGAUUUCUCGGAGAAAAGACACUGUUUAUUUGGAGAGUGCUAUGCCAAUCAACAAAAGGAUCCAUCAAGAAGUUGUGUGUGUCAGGGAAUCAGACAAGGAUCAGUAUGUUCAGGACCUUCUUACGAAAGGUAUGCUUAUACAUAUUACAGAAAAUUUUGGAUUCCAUUUUCAGAACGCGAAGAAACCGGCACUGUCGCUAAGACAUUGAUUUUCGUUGCAACCAAAAAGGAAGCCGAUUUGUACGCCAUGCAAUUGACAUUAGAAGAUGUGAAGUCACAAACUAUCAGUUCGGACAGAACCCAACAGCAGCGACUUCAAUGUUAUAAUGAAUUCAAGAAUGGAGAUAUUCAUAUCCUCGUGGCCACCAAUGUCCUUUCUCGUGGUGCCGACUUCCCUCAUCUUGAUCGGGUAAGAAUUUGUUAUCUCACAACUUUUACAUUCAUCUGUCUGUAGUUAAUGUUGAUGUUGUUUUAGGUAAUUGUGAAGAACAGCUCCGAACAAUCGGAUAACGAUUAUGUCCAUCGAAUUGGUCGUACUGGUCGUCUCCGUGCUGGUACUGCCAUUGUUUGUCUCGACCCAUCCCUUCCCGUUGAUCGCAAUAUUGUUCCUCAAGUUGUUGAAGUAAGUUUUCAAAAAACUUCUUACUUACCAUACUUUAUGAUGUGUUUACCUUCUCAUUUUAGUACAUGAAAUUGUGUGGCCAAGAGCCCCCGGAAUGGUUGAGUCACGUCGAAGAGCCUGGCUAUGAGUUCCCUUAUGUGGAAGUCAGCAGUCCCGGCCUUGCCUCAUUUGGUGCCCCAGCUGGAACAACCUCCGAUGGUGCAGCUCCAGGAAAUCUCGAUCACACUGAACCGGAGUUUUAA